UCAUACGAUAUACAAGUAUCAAGAAAUAUAAAACAACUUAUGACAAAUAGCUGGAAAAACUAUUUGGGAUUUACACCAGAUCUUGAAACAAUACCUUAUUGUACUUCCAUUAUCGCAUCUAAUGUAAUUACGAAUAAUACGGAUCCUAAUUCAUUAUAUUCCAUUAUAAAUAUUGAGCCAUACUCAUUUAUUGUCGAAGUUGAUACAGAUCAAAAAUCUAAAACCGCGUUAAACUUAUUUGGAUUAUUUGGUGGCGUAUUUGGGAUACUUACAAGUUUAUAUGCAUUUCUAUUUGGUGUAAAGGCUAUCCAACCAUGGGGUUUAGUUCAGAGAACUGUUUUUAAAGUUAAUAAAACUGCACGAAGUCAAUUGUUAACUACUUUAGAAUCAAUGCAAUUUCUUGAUCACCUAAACAAUGAUAAGGAUAAUUUAGAAGAUCAAGUGUCAACUAAAAAGUUAAAAAAAAGAUUAGAUACAUUACAAUUAUUUUUAAGAGAUUAUGUAGUAAACGCGCAAUACUUGGAACAAAUUAAUGAAAAUAUUAAUCGUAACAAAAAUAGUUAA